GAAUUUAGUGAAUUUAGUAGUGGGCAAAAAAGACCAUGCAUUUAUCCAGUCAUGUAUUUAUCUGGUAUUUAUUCACUUAUCAACACUUUCGUGCCUAACCGAGAUUUCCAUAUUAACAAUUGUCAAUUCGUCAGCCAACUUGCUCUGGAAUCUGAAUUCUUAAGGUUUCAAACUCGAAGGUGCAUUGGUAACAAGAAUACCUGGAAUAGAUCGACCGUCGUCGAGCAAGUAAAAUGGCGCCGGAGACUUUCACCGUGACAGUGCAUCCCCUUUCAUUUCCGUUCCCGGUGCCGCAUUCGAGUGCCUACGAAAUUGGCCUGGCCGAUGCAAAAAAUGCCCUUGUAUUCAUCGGUGGUCUUGGCGACGGUCCUCACACUGUCCCCUAUCCGCGAGCCAUAGCCAAGCGCCUGGAAGCUGAGCCCGAACUGAGUUACUCCGUUUUUGAAUUCCGCAUGACCAGUGCCUUUUCGGGCUUCGGAUUUGCUUCUCUCAAGGAUGAUGUGGACGAGAUAUCGGCGUUUGUCAAGUAUCUACGAGGCAUCGGAAAGCAACGUAUAGUCUUGAUGGGACAUUCUACUGGCUCUCAAGAUUGUAUGGAAUAUACCUCACCUAAACAUCAUGACGCUGCACCUGUUGAAGGAUAUAUCUUACAGGCUCCAGUCUGCGACCGAGCUGCUAUAGAAGACGAGAUGGGCGACGAAGACUGGAUGAAUAUGAGCCUCAAGGUUACAGAGGAUCUCAUCCGUUCUGGUAAAAUUCAUGAUCGUAUGCCGCCUGAACAUGUUUCGGAUGCCUUCUCUAACGUCCCCAUGUCUGUCUGGCGAUGGAACUCCCUUACGGCCGAAAAUGGCGAAGACAACUACUUUGACCCUAAGCGACCCGAUAGUGCAAAUGGCCCUUUUUGGCAGCGGAUAGACAAACCUCUUCUCAUACUCCAUUCCGAAAAUGACGAGUUCGUGACUCCUGAUGUCGAUAAAGAAGCAUUAAUUACGCAUUGGAAAUCACUAUGUCAACCGGGCAUCGCAAGUGAUCUCUCAGGCGUUAUUCCUGGCGCAACCCACAGGGUGGAGGAACCGGAGUCAGAAAAGUGGCUUGCAGACACGGUUGUGAAGUUCCUGCAGAGUAUCAAAUAGUCGCACAGUGCUAGGACUGGCUUCGGAUCGUUGACAACUUAAGCGUAGAUAAAUCCAUCAUGGAUUUAUUACGAUGCUUUCGCGGCGACAUUACUUUUGCGACUUAUAAGAAGCUAAGCUUAAUAAUUAAAUAUGUCAAACGAUGCAUCAUUCAUUUAUGGUACUUGAAUGUGUUUUUCCCUUGCUGCUUAAGGGAACUGGAGCCGCGCUUAGUGCCCGGAAUGAGAUGUCGGCGAUUGUACAGA